GCCGUCGUUCCUCUGAAGGCGUGCCUGCCGUCCGGAAGUUAGGCCUAGUCGUCGUUAUUUCCCGAUGGAACCUGGCACGACGACGCCCCCUCCGCGAUGGAGGGACCCGCCGACGAAGCUCCGGAGACGAGCGCCUACGGGACUGGGUCGCUGGACCGCCGCCGCCAAUGUCCGGCCGCCAACGCCGUCCCUGAACGUCGUGCUUGUGCUUCUAGUUUCGGCGUCGCUGCUGGGCCUUGUCUGCGGGCAGCGCACAAAUUCGAGUCCCCGGCCACAGCAGCGGUUCGCCAUCGAGCCGACUGACCGGUCAGCCAUCCUGGGCGACACCAUCGUGCUAGCGUGUCGCGUCAUCGACAAGGCCGGCACGCUCCAGUGGACCAGAGACGGCUUCGGCCUCGGCAGUGACCGCGACCUCUCGGGUUUUCCAAGGUACUCUAUGGUUGGAAGCGACGACGAAGGCGAUUUUUCGCUUCAGAUCGGUAGCGUAAGCCUGGAAGACGAUGCCACCUUUCAGUGCCAAGUUGGCGCCGUCGAAGGCGUGAAAGGCAUCCGAUCAAGGAGCGCUCCUCUGACCGUAUUUGUACCCCCGGAACCCCCAAAGAUCGUUCAAGGCGAGUUUCUGAAGACGACAGCCGGCAUGACCGUCGAGCUGACCUGCGAGUCUCAUGCCGGAAAGCCACCCGCAGAGCUUACUUGGCUCGACGGCAGCGGAAACGUGGUGACCAGCGGCGUCGAGUACAAGACGGAGCCCCUGUCGGACGGCAAACGCGCCAACGCGGCGCUCACCUGGACGUUCAGCCCGAGCCGCGAGCACGACGGCAAGACGUUCACCUGCCGCUCCGAGAACAAGGCGCUCAAGCAGCCCAUGCUCGCCACCAUUCGCAUGGAAGUCAAGUAUCCUCCGGAGAUCACCUUGACGGUGGAGUCGGACAAGAUAUCGGAGUUCGACGACGUUCGCUUCCACUGUCAGGCAACGGCCAACCCGUCUGAUAUCGUCUACAAGUGGUACAGGAACGACGAAAUCAUCGCGGGCGACCACACGACCGAGCUGGUGCUGCCCCGAGUUACGCGAAGCUUCAACGGAGACACGAUCACAUGCGAGGCACGCAACGACGUGGGAACCACGAAGUCUACGCACACACUCAACAUACACUACCGUCCCGCUUUCAAGAGCGUGGCCGAGACGGUGGCCGCCGAGGAAGGCGCCGAGGUGGCGCUGCGGUGCGAGGUGGACUCUAACCCGAAGCCGGACAUCGUGUGGCGUCACGAGGGCUCGGAGCGCGUGCUGGCCCGACAGCCGACGCUCGUCAUCCCAGCCAUGCGGCCCAGCGACGCCGGCCGCUACUCGUGCCGCGCCACGGUGCCCGGCUUCCCGGAGAUCACCCAGGACGUGCACGUCUACGUCAAAGGCCCUCCGAAAGUGAGCAGCCCGACGACCCAGUACGGCGUUGAAGGGGAGCAGGUGCGCGUUGAGUGCGUCAUCACCUCCGUUCCGCCGCCCACCAGGGUUGCCUGGUCCAGGAAUCUGCAGCUGGUUGACAUCGACAACAACCAGGGCUAUGAAAUCAUAAAGGAGCCCUUGUCGAACGGUCUCAAGAACUUGCUGAUCAUCCACAAUGCCGCUGAAGAGGACUUCGGGCAGUACAACUGUUCCGUGUGGAACCAGUUCGGCUACGACACGAGGCUCAUCACUGUUCGGAAGCAAAAAAACCUUCCCAUGGUGAUCAUCUUGGCUGGCGUCAUUGGAGGCAUCGUGCUUGUCGUGACCGUGACGAUCUCUAUUAUCCUCUGCCUGCGAAAGAAAAACAUUGUCAAGGAUGACGACUUCAACUCCGAAAAGAAGGGGAAGCAGUCUGACUCUGCAUCCUCCGGGGACUCGGACAUCAAGGUGGAAAUCCGAACGGCAUCGUCAUUAUCCAAUAACGAGCAUGACCGCAACUGGGAGGACAAUAGUGAAUCGGCACGAACGCAUGACGCCGCGGAUAUCUACAAGUACGCCAACAACGCUGCCGACUACGGAGACUGCGUCUUUUCCCCUUCGCAGGAGGCUCAAAACAACAACGGAUACAUCCCGUACGUGGACUACUCGCGCGACUACAACCCACCCCCGGUGGCAGCGUCGCUGCAGCUGAACGCGAGCCGCGACAGUGGCCUGUACGGCAGCUCACCGCAGUCGCUCAACGACCUGGGCCAGGGCAUCGACCCACGGUUCCGAGCGGGGUACGCAAACCCUUACCUGCGCACCUCGCAGUCGAACCUGCCACCACCUCAAGGCGUGUACGUCAGCCCAAGGGCCAUGCCGUCGGUCGCUGCCAAUGCCGCCGGUGUGCCCGGUGCUUCGUGCGCAACCCUGCCACAGAACAGGUACAUCACAUCGCAACAGAGCCAUGUCAAGCCAGGCACACUAGCCACCCAUGUAUGA